UUGAAAGACUUGAAAACAGUUGACAAAAAUUACUAAUGGAGAUUGACUCACAAUCAUCAGAGAUAGAAAGGCUCUUUGAAGAGAAUUCCAAUAUGGCAACUUCAUAUCAGGAUGCCAUGUCUGCUGCCAUGCAAUGGGAAAAUCAGGUGAAAGAUUGCCUGAAGCAGAAUGAAGAGCUUCGCCACCUUCUUGAUAAAAUGAGAUCAGAGCAAGUUAACCCAUUGCAAUCAAGUGAUGGAAAUAUCCCUUCAUAUCCUGAUACUGAGAAAAUUGUUGGGAACAUGUCCACCUCUCCUGCAUCUGCAGUUGAAUAUCAGUUACUCAAGGUCAGUUUUUAGAGCUGAAGCUUGAAAGUUUAUUCUAAUUGUUCUCAACGUAACGUAUUGCUGGUUUAAUUUAUAUGAAUUUCAGCACUCUGUUUUUCUUCUCCUGCAU